CUCUCUCAAACGCUCCUUACAUCCACUUACUCUCACUCACUCUCUCGCAUAUAAAUGUUUCUCCACACUCUCUCGCACCCGAGAGAGUGUGGAGAAAGUGUGUGAGUGCGAGAGAGAGUAUACUCUCUCAAAUGCUCCUCACACUCACUCACUCACUUUCUCUCUCUUGCACUCAUACUCUCACUCACGUGCACUCUCUCUUCCGUAGUUUCACACACUCUCUCACGCACUCUGUCGCACUCGAGAGAGGGGGAGUGAAAGAGAGGUGUGUGAGCGAGAGAGAGUAUCUCACAUGUUCUUCACACCCACUCACUCUCUUGCACUCAUACUCUCACUCACUCUCUGUUGCUCUCACACUUGCACACACUCACUCCCUCUCGCACUCGAGAGAGAGAGAGAGAAAGUGUGAGAGCGAGAGUGAUUGUGCUAGAGAGAGUACUCUCUCUCAAACCCUCCUCACACCCACUCACUGUCUCUUACACUCAACUCUCACUCGCACUCGAGUGUGUGUGAGUGCUAGAGAGAGUGCACUCUGUCUCGCACACUCAAACACACUCCCUCUUGCAGUCAAGAGAGAGGGAGAGGGAGUGCGAAAGACUGUGUGUCACGAGAAAGAGUAUAUUCUCUCAAACGUUCCUCACACUCACUCUCUCUCUUCCACUCAUCCUCUCACUCGCUCUUUCUCUAUCACUCUCGCACUCGUGCACACACACACUUUCUCGCACCCACUCACUCUCUCUCUUGCACUCAUACUCACACUCCCACUUUCUCUAGCUCUCGCUCACACUCCCACUUUCUCUAGCUCUCGCUCACACUCUCUCACAGUCGAGAGAGUGUGUGACUGUGAGAGAGUGUGUGAUUGCACUUUCUCUCUCAAACACUCCUCACACCCACACACACUCUCACUCAGUCACAUACUUUCUGGCACGUACACAGUCUCUCUGGCACUCUUGCACUCACAAACUCUCUUGCUCUCACAAUCACACACUAACUCUUUGACUCACAGGCAUUCUCUCUCGCUCUCGCACUCUCAUACUCUCUCUUUGACUCGCAUACUCGCACUCACACACACUCUCCCACUCACACCCACACACGUUGCUCUUCCGUUCCCUAAAGUGUCACAGAGAUAGGGUUGACAUUGUCAAAUACUUUUCCCCGAAUACCGGGUUAGCAAGAAAAUACAUAGCAAGCGAGCAAAUUCCAAAGACGUCUCACCCCAGUUCUGCAUUGCCAGCCAAGCCAAACAUUACCUUAAAUUAUCACCCAGCUCAGUCAGUAAACCGACUAUGCGACCCACAUUUCUUCAUAAGUGCUUCGGGUGCCCAAGAAAGAACCAUUGCUCUGUGUAUGUUGAUCUAGCUGCGAGUAUUCCCUGAGCAACAGAACACGGAAAAUGGACUCUGGAAUACUCUGGAAACUGGUAUGAGGAAGUAAUCAGUCUUAAAAACGACGACACACUCAGAAUAAGGCGUCAUGCUCAUGAAGCAAUGGAUCCUGCAUGCCAGGCCAUGGCGACUUAAUCAUGGUUUGGGCUGUUUUCUCUUUGGCACUAUUUCGGUGUUUUGCUACUUGUAUCAAUCUCCCUCCGUAUGCUUCGGUACGUGGAGUUGCUGGCCAAUCUUCUCUAUCCAUUUAUAUAACCUAUUAAGUGUUUCUUUAACCAUGCCUGUAUCAACAAGUUAAUGCAAAUGUACCUCAACUACUAGAUGUUCAACAGUUGCCCCUGUAGGGCUAUAUAACAUAUGCCUGUUAACCUCUGUUAAACUUCAGGCGUUCCCAUCCUCCGUCACCUGUCUUUCAUACGGAAAUUCAGUAUUCCAGCAAGAUAAUUGCACCUCUCACAGGUCCCAGUUGCCUACUGCAUGCUGACAUCACCAUGCCUCUGACUUCUGCGUCAUGAAUUAGUUACCUAGAAACCCUAAAUGACUUAAUCCUAUUGAGAAACUUUAGGGGAAAGAUGUAAAAUUCCAGAAAAUUAUUGAAUCAAUGCCUGGU